CUCUCUUCACCGCCAUGUCCGCUUUCACCGUCGCCUCCAACCUCACCUCCCGCGUCGCCCUUCCCAAGGCGCGCGCCGCCCGCCGCACCGCGCGCCGCGCGACCGCGGUCAGGGCCUCCGAGGAGCCCGCGGCCGAGCCCGCCCCCGAGGUCCCGGCCGCCCCCGCGGUUCCCACCUCCUUCACCCUCGCGCAGGCGUUCGCCUUCUCCGGCCCCGAGGGCUCCAACUUCGCGGGCUCCGGUCCGGAGAUCAUGAACGGCCGCCUCGCCAUGCUCGGUUUCGUCGCCGCCGCCGGCGCCGAGAUCGCCACCGGCGAGCCCGUCUACCAGCAGUUUGGCGAGGCCCCCACGCAGAUUCUCCUCACCAUCGCUCUCUUCACCGCCGCCUCCGUCGUGCCCUUCCUCUCCAACACCAAGGCGGAGGACGCCGGCAUGUGGACCAGGGAGAAGGAGCUCCUCAACGGCCGCGCCGCCAUGAUCGGCAUGCUCGCCCUCCUCGGCUUCGAGGCUGUCAAGCACGUCCCCUGCCUCUAAGAGGCUAAACGCGUGCACGAAACGUCGACGUCACUUUUUCUUCGACGAGCUUCGAGAGACGAGCACCGCACAUUAUUCUUUUUCGCGCACAGAUAGAACCGCUGUUGUAACGCUGAGCACGCGCCG